GAAAAGCUUUUGCUGUCAAAUUCAUUUUUGUUUUUUAGCUUGCUAACCAUGCAAGUUCAGUACAGCAUCUAGCAUCUGGUUGCUUUCAGUGUAUCCCACUACUUCACUCUAGUUGUUAACUAAAGAUAUCAAAACAGAGCAAAAUUUCAAGUUAACACAGAAUCCCGAGUGAGCCAUGAAGUGCCUCUUAUAAAAGCACUGGUUUACAUCCACAAGACAAGAACAGCAAUAUUUUCUCAGUCGGAAAACAUGUUUAAGUCAUGGAGCAAGAAAAACAAGACUAAAGCUGUAUUCAAACUGCAAUUUCAGGCAACUCAGGUGCCAAAGAUGAAAAAGUCUGCACUGAAGGUAGCUUUGGUGCCCGAUAAUGUUGGGAAGCCUACGGUGAAACUAGAGAAAGUUGCUGUGCAGGAUGGAACCUGUUCAUGGGAGAAUCCGAUUUUUGAAUCAGUAAAAUUUGUUAGGGACGCAAAAUCAGGAAAACUUCAAGAGAAAAUCUACCAUUUUGUUGUUUCAACCGGAUCUUCAAAAUCUGGCUUUCUUGGAGAAUCCUCAAUUGACUUUGCUGAUUUUGCUGCAGAAACUGAGCCACUGACGGUGUCCUUACCUCUGAAGUUUGCCAAUUCAGGCGCAAUCCUACAUGUGACAAUUCAGAACGUGGAAGGGGUACAAAGAGAUCAAAGUACUUUCAGAAACGGGGAAGAUUAUGGAAAUGGAAGCUCAAGACACCUACUGAGCAUUUGCAGUGCAGAUGAAAACUCUCGUAAUGUUUAUGAAGAUUUUCCCAAGCUAUUACCACCCUUGAGGCAGAAUUCAAUGCCGUGCAAAGGAACUAUCGAGGCCAUUGCAACAAGAGCUCAAAUGCAUAGGGGGUCACUGGGUUCAGCAUCAGAUAGGAGUUUAGGUGACUCCUGGAGAAACAGCCUGGAAGAUACUCAUCCUCGAGAAACAUUACAAGAGCCUUCAGAUAAUGUCAUUGAGAACCUUAGAAGCGAAAUUGCUUCUCUGAAGAGGAAAGCCGAAGAAUCAGAACUAGAGUUACAAUCGCUUCAGAAGCUGAUGGAGAAGGAAUGCAGUCGAGGACAAAGUAUGUCAAGACAAAUAAUCAGCCUCAGAGACGAGAGAAAUAUGAUCAAAACUAAAUAUGAGCAACUAAUGUCGCAGCAAAACCUCAUUAACGAGACCAAAAAUUCAAAAGCCUUACAGACUGAGAUUGAACAAGCUAGGCAGCAGUUAGAAGCAAUAAAAGAAGAGCUUGCUUAUGAAAAAGAGUUUAGUUCUAAUCUUAAAUUGCAACUCCAGAAGACACAAUACUCAAACUCCGAACUACUUUUAGCAGUUGGAGAACUUGAAGCAAUGCUGGAACAUAAGAAUAAGGAAUUGUUGGACAAAACUAAAGAGCAUGAUGAUGCCACAGAAUUAGGUCACUUGAAGCAGAAAAUUGCAGACCUGAAUGGUGAAAUAGACAUUUAUUAUAAGCAACGUGAUGAGCUAAAUGAGCAGAUAAAAGAGCUCAACUUUGAGUGUGAGAAUCUGAAGAAAGAAAACCUGGAUAUCUCUUUGAGAUUAAACCAUAAAGAAGCACAACAAAUUGCGUUACAAAAUAAAUAUUCAGCUUCUUUGGCAACUAUAAAACAACUUGAAUCUCAAGUACAGAGAUUAGAAGAAAAGAUAGGGAAGCAGGUGGAUGAUUUUUCAGGGUCUUUGAUUUACAUCAAUGAACUUGAAAAUCAAGUCAGUGAUUUGAAGAGAGAAAUGAAAGUACAAGAAGAAGAUUAUCAAAAAGAUUUCCAAGCCAUGAAAUGUGCAAAACUUGAACAGGAAGAACGGGCCAUCCAAGCAGAGGAGACCUUGAUAAAGACUAUACACAACAAUGAUCUCGCAUGUCAGCGUUUUGAGGAUGAAUAUAGAAGUCUUUCAGCUGAAAUGACAUUGAAAGCAGAAGAAAACGAAAAGAAGGUCAUGGAAGCUUAUGCAGAAGCUGAUGAAUUGCAGAAGCAGAACAAACUCAUGGAAGAAGUUCUCCAGAAAUGCAAUCAAGAGCUCAGGCUUAUUACAAAUCAGAAUGAAUUGAAACUUCAACAGCUCUUGAACCAAAUAGAUUCAAAAGAAAAGAAAGUGGAAAUGAUGUCUCAAGAACUAGAGAUUAAGUCCAAGCAACUUGAAGAUGUACAAAGGCACAGGGAUGAAAAGGAUAAGGCAUUAACAAAGCAAAUUCAAUUGCUCAGAAUUGAAAUUAGAAAGCUGAUGCUAGAAGAGCAUGAUCCAACAGAGCUCGUGACUAUGUUGUUAAUGCAAGAGAACAACGAUGAGGAGAUAAGGUUUGACACCCUAACGUCAGCAUUAGAAAUCUUUAAGACCCAGCACAAUGAAUUAAAACAUAACUUGCACGUUGAACAAGCAGAAAAAGAAAAUAUGAAGGAAAAAAUAUCUCAAUUAGAAGGAGAGCUGAAGAAGAAGGUAGAAGAAAUAAGUGCUGUAGAAAAGAGGCUCAAAAAUAGCAAAGGACCAACAACGGCCAAAAGUAUGAAUUUGGCUUCAUGGAACUACGAGACUGCUGCAUCUUGUUCAUCCACUAAGGAAAACAAUAAGAAGUCAGGAUCGGAAAUGCAGAUGGGAAUGGAUGAUGCAAACUCCCCUGUUGGAAAGUCUGAAGAAGGAAGAACCAUAUGCAAUUCAGCUGAGAACGAAUUUCAUCUAGCUUCACACAGAAGUGACGUGAAAACUUGCUUGGAAAAUAAGGCUAUUGUCUUCAAUUAUGAUGAUGCUGGUUAUUGUCCUACAAAUGAGUUGUUGGAUGAAGUGGCAGUACUAAAGGAAAGGAACAAAUAUAUGGGAACUCAGCUGAAAGAAAUGGAAGAGAGAUAUUCUGAUAUUAGUCUUAAGUUCGCAGAGGUGGAGGGAGAAAGACAACAGCUUGUUAUGGCCCUACGGAAUAUGAGGAAUGGUAAGAACUAGAAUUCUUUACAUGCGUUAUUACUCAUUCAUGAAUUACGAGUUACAAAAUAGACAGGUCACCAUGGUCGUAUUGGUCAAAUUCAAAUCAAGCUUUACCCGUGUUUCACUUCAGUAUAAUCACCAUUUAAACCUCCUCCAAUUUAAAUUUGCUGGCCUGCCAGCUUAGUUCAA